CUUCUCCAGACAGGGGGCGGAGCUACGCCAACCGUCCGAGGUCGCGCAGGCGCUGGUACCAAGUUGGUCCGCCGGUUGCCGCGUUGUGAGGGGUGUCCGCGCAGUGCAUCCCAGCCAGCUCUUAGUGUGGAGCAGUGAACUGUGUGUGGUUCCUUCUACUUGAGGAUCAUGCAGAGAGCUUCACGUCUGAAGAGAGAGCUGCACAUGUUAGCCACAGAGCCACCCCCAGGCAUCACAUGUUGGCAAGAUAAAGACCAAAUGGAUGAUCUGCGAGCUCAAAUAUUAGGUGGAGCCAACACACCUUAUGAGAAAGGUGUUUUUAAGCUAGAAGUUAUCAUUCCUGAGAGGUACCCAUUUGAACCUCCUCAGAUCCGAUUUCUCACUCCAAUUUAUCAUCCAAACAUUGAUUCUGCUGGAAGGAUUUGUCUGGAUGUUCUCAAAUUGCCACCAAAAGGUGCUUGGAGACCAUCCCUCAACAUCGCAACUGUGUUGACCUCUAUUCAGCUGCUCAUGUCAGAACCCAACCCUGAUGACCCGCUCAUGGCUGACAUAUCCUCAGAAUUUAAAUAUAAUAAGCCAGUCUUCCUCAAGAAUGCCAGACAGUGGACAGAGAAGCAUGCAAGACAGAAACAAAAGGUUGAUGAGGAAGAGAUGCUUGAUAAUAUACCAGAGGCUGGCGACUCCAAAGUACACAACUCAACACAGAAAAGGAAGGCCAGUAAGCUAGUAGGCGUAGAAAAGAAAUUUCAUCCUGAUAUUUAGGGGACUUGUCCUGGUUCAUCUUAGUUAAUGUGUUCUUUGCGAAGGAAACACCAGAGCCAAAAGCUAUUAGAAGUCAUCCAACUAUUUCUCUGCCUGAAGUACCGAGGACUGGACUAGAGAACAGAAGUGACUUGCCUGAGGAUUUAAAAGCCCAGCUCCCUACUCCCAGCUCAGGGAAGGAUGGGAAAAGGCUAAAAGCAUGGACUUAAGUCAAGGAGACCCAGUUUCAGCUCUGGCAGUGCUGCUUACAAGUUGUGUGACCUUAGCUUUCUACUCAGUCCUAUUUUUUCAGGUUUUGCCUCUGCAAAAGGGAUGAUGAUGAUGCUGCUGCUUAAGACUCAUGAGGUUGUUGUGAGGAUUGAAUGAGAUAAUGCAUGUAAAGCAGCCAGUACAGGGACUGGCAUGGUGCUGACAUUUAUUGAGUGCUUAGCAAGGGCACUGGGGGAUGGAGACCAACCAUAGG